CAUACACUCAAGUAAAUUGAAUGCGGCUUGAAGCUCGUAAUUAGAAGAGAGUCAAAUCGUUAUUGAAAGUAGAUCACGCAAACCACGCAGCUAGGCCUGUUUGCUAGAAACGUUUGGGAAAGUGUACGAACGAUUACUGUUUACCCAAAGCGGUCUUUUACCUCGUCGUCACAACUGUUGCCGUUGUGCAAUAAAGAAUUGCAAUGGCUACAUUGGUUUUGACAACGGUAGCGGCUUCCACAGUUCCAGGGUUGUUGGAAACCACAGUUGCUUCAGCCGUUUAUAUGGCGGCUGCGCCCGUUUUUGAAGAAGUUGCUCAAGUAGUUAAUGAGGCGUUUGCUGACUUAGUUGAAGAUGUUACAGAAGUAGUUGUUAAAACAGCUAAAAAAACUGGCGAAAUGGUGGUUAAAGCAGCAGAAGUAACUGCUGAAGUUGUGGAAAAAACAGCAGAAAUAACUGCCGAAAUUAUUUUGAAUAGAAAUACUAUAUUACUGCCCCCUAUCAAAAGCCAGCAACAGAAAGGAAAUAAUUCAAACACUAGAUCUAACGAAAAUAGUACAAACCAUAAGGAAAACAAUGGAAAUAAACAGUCACAACAAAAUACAAAAACCAACAAACAAACGCAAUCAAAACAAACUGGAACUGCAAGAAACGCUGGCGAUAAUGGAGAUGAUCCAAGACGACGAAGAAACUUGAAAACUACGCGCAACUGUCAGGAUGAAACAUCGGAUGAAACGGAACCACACACUGGAGCUUCUCACUUGCACUCACGAACAGCGGUACAUACCGUACGAUUUGCUGGAGAAAUCAGGCGAGCUGCCGACAGGUCUGGCCACCAAGUUACAGAGCUUAUUGAAGACGGGGCCAGCACAAUCAGGGAUGGGUAUAUACGGCCACCGACCUCUGAUAGCCAACUGCAAAGAGCUCACGUGCUACGAUUUAGGGAUAAUUUUGAGAUGUUACGCGAACAUUAUCCCGAGUUGUAUAGAAUAUUGUGCAGGCAUGCAGGGCACACGCAAAGAAUUCCGAGGGUGUUCAAUGUGUUCCAUAAGAUUGGUGGGAGAAUUGAUAAACUGCAGUAUGGAUGGAUUUUGAAAUUGUCUGAAGUAGAUUUUUCGGCAGGUCCUACAGCUGCGAAUCUAGCAAUGUUUAAAGCAUACAGACAAGAAGUGUUAGAUUUGUAUGACAGUGAGAUAAGAUUAAGAUACGAACGGAACUAUAGCGAAGAGGACAUAGCAGAAAUAAGAAGGGCAAAAGAGAUGAUGGAAAACACAACGAGUGAAGAAUUGUUUGAAAAUGCUCUGGAAGGAUUCAAUCUGGAACAUGGCUACAACAAUCCCAGAAUAAGAUUGUAGUAGUAUACAUUUCGUAACUCUUUACAAACGAUAUUGAACGAAUGCAAACAUUUCAAAACUAAAAAGAAUUUAAAAAAGGACAAACGCAAAUGCUUCGAAGAAAGAGUUUAAAUAGCUUAACAACAAUGAAAAGUAAGUGAGCUAUGCCAUGCUUGUUGAUCAUCUGCAUUAAAACAGGUAAAUAGUCUUUCUGUAUUCUAAAUAUUGACUUGAAAUAUUUAUCCUGUUGUUAAUGGUUUUUUUUUCAGAUGGAUGGAACACUUACGAUAAAUUUCGACUAAGGUUAAUCUGAGUUUCAUAUUCACUAUUUGAAAUAUCUUUGUUGCAAAGUCCAACAUACUUGGGGUGUUUAUACUUUAUGAAAUAAAUCUAAACAAGGUGGAGGUACACACAAAAACUAAAUACAAUACCUAUUCAUUUGAAUCAGCGCAAAAUAUAACCACGUAUAUGAAAAUGUUAACAAAUACUAUAAAUAUACAUCUUAUCUGCAUUUCAACAAAAAUCUG